AUGCUAGAACCUCCUCGGGCUCCUCCGCUGGAGCCGGCUCCACUUCCGCCAGCUCCUGCCCCUCAGGCUCUCCGAAACAGUCCCCCACCUCAAGCUCCAGAGCCUAUAGUCGUCCCAGAACAAGACGAAGAGCCCGCGUUCGACGUGUACGUUGCGCAGGUGCUCGAGAUCAUCCCUGACGCGCUGCCCGCGCACGUCUUCUCGCUGAUCGAGCAGUACUACCCGAAUCACAAGGACCGGGUCGUUGAGACUGUCUUGCAUAACCUUUUCGAGAACCCGGACUACCCAAAGGCAGAUGCCAAGGGAAAGGGUAAGCGGAAGAGGGAAGGGGAGGGGGAGCCGCAGGACCGUGCUGUGAAGCCGAAGGUCGACUACGGCGACAAGACGCGGAGGAGGGAAGGAGGUCAGCACUAUGUCGCUCUCGCUCUCGAAGCACUCGACAGCGAGUUCGUCUAUAUACCCUCCGCACACAUCCGCGCCGUCUUCAACGCGCACAGUAUGCUCUACGCCCCGACGUAUCUCGAGCUGCUAGCGCAGCAGCGCCGCGUGCCACUCCCAUAUAAACCGAUGAUGCGCCCGCGGAACAAGGGCAAGGGUAAACGCGUGCAGAAACACGACGACGAGCUGGAUCUGGAGAUGCAGUGGGUGAGGGAGAGGCUGGAAGAGGAGGAGGCUCGGCGCGUCGCCGAGGCGGAAGAGGAGGCGAGGUUGAAGGAGGAGGGUGGGAUCGAGUGCGGGUGCUGUUUUUGCGAGUAUCCUUUCGACAAAAUGAUUCAAUGUCCGGAGGCACACCUGUUCUGCACAUCGUGCAUGUUGACGUACGCGGAGACGAAACUCGGCGAGCACGACGCGCGGAUUGUCUGCAUGGACCAGUCCGGGUGCAAGCUCGCGUUCCCAGAGUCCGAGCUCCGUCGGUUUCUCACCCCAAAGCUCCUCGAGCUCUACGAGCGUGUCAAGCAACGGAAGGAGAUCGAGGCCGCCGGCCUGGAGGGGCUCGAGGAGUGCCCGUUUUGCGAGUACAAGGUCGUGAUUGAGAACGACGAGGAACGGCUCUUCCGGUGCGAGAACGAGGGCUGCGGAGCCGUGACGUGCAGGAAGUGCAAGAAGCUGGACCAUCUGCCCAAAAGUUGCAAAGAAGCCGAAGAUGACAAGAAGCUUGACGCACGACACGCGAUCGAGGAAGCCAUGACUCACGCGCUAAUGCGUAACUGCCCCAAGUGCCAGAAAGCGUUCAUCAAGGAAAUGGGGUGCAAUAAGAUGACUUGCCCAAACUGUGGCACCUUGUCAUGCUACAUCUGCCGCAAAAUCAUACAAGGUUAUGAUCACUUCAACCAGGCGAGUCCUAGCCAAAUCAAGUCAUCUAACCCGAACAAGUGCGCCCUCUGGGACGCCUCAGGGGUGGAAGGACGCCAUAGCGACGAGGUGGCUGCUGCUGCCAAGAGAGCGCUCGAGGAAUACAGACGUGCGCAUCCCGAAAUCGACGAAAAAGAUCUUCAUGUCGAAUUACCACCUCCACCUCCACCUCCGGCUCCCGGACCUGCCCGUGUCGGCGCUCCAGCGCAUCCUCAUUUGCCUCCGCAUCCUCAGGGAGUAGCACAAGCCCACGUUCACCAGGGAUUUGCAGGUGUUCAGAUGCGAGUCGCUCGUGCUCAUGCGGCUGCCCAGGCGGCCAUAGAGCUUGUGCAACAGCAACAACAGCAGCAGCAGCGACUCCAGCAGGCGUUCCUUCCCAGGCUGGUUCAGGCAGCAGGGCCUGUAUUCAACUUCCAGCUGCACAUCAACCACAAUCAACCUCAAGCGGGUCCGGCGCAUCCUCAACCCGGCCCUGUUCUCGCCCCUGCUCUACCCCCACUUCCGGUCGCAGCCCCUAUUCGUGCGCGUGCGCGAAGACCCGCCCGCGCUCGUGCACGAAGAUAA